CGCCUGCAGGUCCACCCGGAGCCUUCCUUGCUCACACUUGGGAAACUUAGGACUGCGCCUGGGGGACAGCGUUUGCUUGCCUUUUCCAGACACCCUGGAGUCCCAAAAGGCCAGCUCCAGCUCGGUGGGUGAGCACCUGCCAGCCACUCCUGACCUCCUCGCCGAGCAGUCGGCCUCCAAGCCUGAGAAGAUGGCCCAGUCCAAGACCGACUGCCGCUCACCUGUCGGGCUUGACUGCUGCAACUGCUGCCUGGACCUCGCCAACCGCAGCGAUCUCCAAAGAGGCGGGGAGAACAACCCAGGCAGCCCCAUCGUGAGCAACUUUCGGCAGCUGCAGGAGAAACUUAUCUUCGAGAACCUCAACACUGACAAGCUCAACAACAUUAUGCGGCAGGAUUCGCUGGAGCCUGUGGUUCGGGACCCCUGCUACCUGAUCAACGAGGGCAUCUGCAACCGCAACAUCGAUCAGACUAUGCUCUCCAUUCUGCUCUUCUUCCACAGUGCCUCCGGAGCCAGCGUGGUGGCCCUAGACAACAAGAUUGAGCAGGCCAUGGAUCUAGUGAAGAAUCAUCUGAUGUAUGCUGUGAGAGAGGAGGUGGAGGUCCUAAAGGAGCAGAUUCGUGAGCUGGUAGAGAAAAAUUCCCAGCUGGAGCGCGAGAACACCCUCCUGAAGACCCUGGCAAGCCCGGAGCAGCUGGAAAAGUUCCAGUCCCAGCUGAGCCCUAAAGAGCCAGCAACUGAGGCCCCAGAAGCCCCAGAAGCCCCUGGUGAUUCUGCAGUGUAAGUGGCUCUGUCCUCAGGGUGGGCAGAGCCACAACUUGUUCUACCUAGUUCUUUCCAGUUUGUUUUUGGCUCCCUAAGCAUCAUCUCAUAUGGAGAACUUUACACCUAGCAUAGCUGGUGCCAAGAGAUGUCCCAAGGACAUGGCCAUCUGGGUCCAUUCCAGUGACAGACCCCUGACAAAGAGUAGGUCUCUGGAGACUGAGUUGCAUGAGGCCUGGUAACCCCAAGCCAGUGAGCUUGUCAUGCCACCGGGCCCCGGGGCCUUCCAGGGCCCGGGCAACUUAGUUACAGCUGGCAAAGGAGAAAGUAGUUUUGAGAGGUAAUGCCAGUGUACUCCAGAAAGUAUAAGGGGUCUGUUUUAUCAUUUCCAUGGACAUCUUCCACAGCUUCACCUUGACAAUGACUGUUCCUAUGAAGAAGCCACUUGUGUUUUAAGCAGAGGCAACCUCUCUCUCUUCUCCUCUGUCUUGCCUAGGCAGGGGCAGAGAUGGGAGAGAUCGAGCCAAGUCAGCCUUCUGUUGGUUUAUAUGGUAUAAUGCAUGGCUUUGUGCACAGCCCAGUGUGGGAUUACAGCUUUGGGAUGACCACUUACAAAGUUCUGUUUUGGUUAGUAUUGGCAUAGUUUUUCUAUAUAGCCAUAAAUGCAUAUAUCUAUACCCAUAGGGCUAGAUCUGUAUCUUAGUGUAGUGAUGUAUACAUAUACACAUACACCUACAUGUUGAAGGGCCUAACCAGCUUUGUGAGUACUGACUGGUCCCUUAUCUCUUAAAGCUAAUAUUUUGACUGUGCUCAUUUUCCAAAUUGAUCCAGCUUGUCCUUUAGAUUAAAUAAGACUUGAGAUAUGAGGGAGGGACCAGCCUCACAAUGCAGCCACAGAUGCCUUGCUGCUGCAACCCUCCUCCAUCUGUCCACUAGUGAAGUCUUCUUUUGAAUGCCAAACCCACCAUUCAUUGGUGCUGACUAUAUAGAAUGGGGUUGACAGAAGAUCAGUUUAGACUUCACAUUUUUGUUUGAGUUUUGGUUUGUUUUUUUCCUUUUUUGUUUUUGGGGUUUUUGUUUUGUUUUGUUUUUUAAUUCUCAUGAGAAACUUUAGGGUUAAUCAAAGGAUGGAGUCCUGUAGUGGACAAGAAGGAUAAAUAGUUUUAAUCCCUUGGGGGCCUGGGAAAUGUACCCAGGAAGUUUGUGUAAGGGAGUUCUGUGACAGUGAAUACUUUCCACUUUCUGACAUCUUAUCCUGCUGUAUAUCUCCAGGAUUUGGAUUUUGGUUUUUCAGAUGUAGCUUGAAAUUUCAAUAAACUUGCUCUUUUUUCUAAAAAUAAA